AUGGCUGCGUUGGUUCAAACAAUUCCGCAACAGAGUGGCACGGUACCUGUGCUUCAGACGCGUCCUUCAUCCUCAUCAGGCACCUUCUCUUCUUCCACCCAGAAUCAAGGCUCUCGUAUCCAGACUAUGUCUUGGACAUCAUUCAAUGCUGGUAAUUCCGGGACUUAUCGAGCGGGCCACCCGGUAGUGGCUCCCUAUGCCUACAACCCGAACAUGGGCCAAUCCGUCCAGAAUCGGCAAUCUUGGACACCACAUCUCCGGCCAGAACAUCGCACCUUUUCUGCACCCACCACCCCUCAAGUGCCGGUGAAUCCGACAUACACCGGUGCCAGCCCCCGAUCCUCUCAUCCUGCAGCUGGUUCUCGCACUUCCCUCACGGCCGAGGAGCGACCAGCCGCUCCGUCCCCUAUCUACCGCCAACCUUCCCUCCCCCCGAUCAUGAACAUCUCGUCACCGAAACCCUCCCCGAAUCGGUAUCGUCGUACCCCUCAACGAGCGGAAGCCGCACCAUCAUCGCCUGCUCCCUCGCCGAUUCCGACCGUGAUUGUCGAUGACUUUGGUGGCCCUCGACCAGUUCGACCCAGCGCUCACAGUCGCGUCUCAAGUGUGGAUGAUUCAUCUUAUGUCGAUAGGGCCCAGCCUGAACGAUAUCGACGACGAAGUCUGGGCAAUAUGGAUGCCGCGGCGUACCCAAACCUGCCGCUGGAUUUCCCGACCUCACCUUCCUCUCAACCUCAAUCGGGAUCCUACGACUUUAUCACAUUUGAUGCCAACCAACGGCCUGCGUCCUCUCACUCUCAGCGGGACAGCGUGGGCAGCGUUAACUCGACACACUCGUCGGCCUCCUCGGUAGGAUCAUUCACAAGGUCGCAUGGAAAUGAUGCAGCGCUAACGGUGUCGAUUUCACAGGCACGAGAAGGGACACCAUCGGAAUCCAACUCCGUCACUAGCAAGACCGGCAAGACAGAAGAAAAACGUACGAGCAAGCCAUCGCCAUUAUCGCAACCGGUAUCGACAGAACCCGAAGCCCCCAAACCCAAACCUCCAGCCGAAGCUCCGAAAAAGCCACCACCGCCUACACUGGAUUCUCCUGCUGCGAAGCGUCUCAACGAUUUGAAAAUGGACACGAAGCGCCCCGGGAAAUCACGCCUGAGACGGGCUUUCUCGUUCGGCAGUGCCUCCGAGCUCCUCAAGACAUCUGCACAAAGCAAUGCUUCCAAGCGGGAAGCAUUUGCCGCGGACCAGGCGCGCCGUGAAGCUCUGAGAGAACAACUUGGCCCGGAACAGGCCGCUAUUGCCGAGCAGCAGGAACUGAGCGGACUAGGUGAAAGCAUCUACUCCCAUCAAGGCCAUUUCUUCACCGGGUCCAACGAUAACCUGUCAGUGUCAUCGACCGCCUCAUCAGCGUCGAUGAUGCUUCGCAAGAUGGGCAAGGGCAUGAAGCGCUCUACUCGCUCAUUGGUUGGCAUGUUCCGUCCUAAAUCCGUGGCCAGCAUCAAUUCCAUGGAGGGUGCGAUCCCCGAAAUUCCAGCCCCGCAGAUCACCGUGGUGAACGUUGAGGCAGAACGGGAGCGUGUCGCUGUCAACCCCGACCCCGCAGAUUUGCCCCGUGGGGCUACUGUCUUCCCUAAGGUUGACAAUGCAUCGGAGGUCAGACGAUCCGUUUCCAUUCGGGAAAGAGCCGCAUCGGAGAACUCUCAGUCGCGUAAGAGCAUCAUGGGAGGAGACCGAGAACGGGCGGAGAUCCUGGCGGCCGUCCGCAAGGGUAUCUUGAAGAAAACUCACUCGGACUUCGGUGUCUCCUCGCCUGCACACGCACUCCCCGGUGGUGAUUCACCGCACUCUAGUGCUCCUCCCACACCCGACGAGUCGUCACGAUCCCCAGCUCACCAAAACGAUCCGGUGAAGAUUGCGGGCGAGGACUACUUCCUCUCGGCGCGGUUUUCGUCUUCUGAAGCGAAGAGUGCGCCCAUCACCCCGUCAACUGUUGCUGGUAGAAAUAUCGUCUUCAGUCCUCGCAUCCAGUUCCACGAAACCUGGCCUAGCGGCGAGUACGAUCGACGUGGAGAGAUUGCGACUUGCAACCGUCUCACCCCGUUGCUUGCUCAACAGAUUCGGGAGGAGAUUAAUAACUUCAAGAUGGAGAUGGAAGUUCAUGAGAAUUCCAAGAUCUACACGCAUUUCAUUUAA